ACAAUUUAAAAUGCUAAUAUUAUCUCUUGUCAUAUAGUACUUGAUACCUUAUUUAACUUCUACUUUGAAAAAAUAUAAUUAAUAAUCCUCAAAUACAUACCUCACAACAUAGUACACGUUCCAAGCCAGAAGACACUCACUCACGUAGUAAAAAUAUCAAGACAGCCUAGUGUAGAUAUCCAGCAGAAAACAUGGAAUCUUAAAAUUCUUAAUGAUUUAAGAAAGGCUAGGUGGAUAGUUUCUUUCACUGUGUCUUCCAUUAAUUUCCCUUUCUCGUUUGUUUUGUUGGUUCUAUGUUUUCUCCUUGUUUUGUGCAGAUGUUCCAUUGGGACUGUUUACCAGAUUGCUUUCUAAAUUAGCCAGCUGGGGUUACUUUAAAAAACAUGCUCCAUGUGCAUCCCUCUUGAAGCUUCGUACUCUGUUGAAGAGGACACUCAUCCCAGUCAUUAUUUAGAAGCAAGGUCCUUGAAUGAGAGAGAUUAUCGUGACCGGAGAUACAUUGAUGAAUACAGGAAUGACUACUGCGAAGGUUAUGUACCUAGACAUUAUCACAGAGACAUUGAAAACAGUUAUCGAAUCCACUGCAGUAAAUCUUCAGUCCGAAGCAGGAGAAGCAGUCCUAAAAGGAAGCAUAAUAGAUACUGUUCAAGUCAUCAGUCACGUUCGAAGAGCCACCGAAGGAAAAGAUCCAGGAGUAUAGAGGAUGAUGAGGAGGGUCACCUGAUCUGUCAAAGUGGAGACGUUCUAAGAGCAAGAUAUGAAAUCGUGGACACUUUGGGUGAAGGAGCCUUUGGCAAAGUUGUAGAGUGUAUUGAUCAUGCCAUGGAUGGCAUGCAUGUAGCAGUGAAAAUCGUAAAAAAUGUAGGCCGUUACCGUGAAGCAGCUCGUUCAGAAAUCCAAGUAUUAGAGCAUUUAAAUAGUACUGAUCCCACUAGUGUCUUCCGAUGUGUCCAGAUGCUAGAAUGGUUUGAUCAUCAUGGUCAUGUUUGUAUUGUGUUUGAACUGCUGGGACUUAGUACCUAUGAUUUCAUUAAAGAAAACAGCUUUCUGCCAUUUCAAAUUGACCACAUCAGGCAGAUGGCAUAUCAGAUCUGCCAAUCAAUAAAUUUUUUGCAUCAUAAUAAAUUAACCCAUACAGAUCUGAAGCCUGAAAACAUUUUAUUUGUGAAGUCUGACUAUGUAGUCAAAUAUAAUUCUAAAAUGAAACGUGAUGAACGUACACUGAAAAGCACAGAUAUCAAAGUUGUCGACUUUGGAAGUGCAACAUAUGACGAUGAACAUCACAGUACUUUGGUAUCUACACGGCACUAUAGAGCCCCAGAAGUCAUUUUGGCUUUAGGUUGGUCUCAGCCUUGUGACGUUUGGAGCAUAGGUUGCAUUCUCAUUGAAUAUUACCUUGGUUUCACGGUCUUUCAGACUCAUGACAGUAAGGAACACCUGGCAAUGAUGGAGCGAAUAUUAGGACCCAUACCACUACAUAUGAUUCAGAAAACAAGAAAACGCAAAUAUUUUCAUCAUAACCAGCUAGAUUGGGAUGAACAUAGUUCUGCUGGUAGAUAUGUUAGGAGACGCUGCAAACCAUUAAAGGAAUUUAUGCUUUGUCAUGAUGAAGAACAUGAGAAACUGUUUGACCUGGUUCGAAGAAUGUUAGAAUAUGAUCCAACUAAAAGAAUUACCUUGGAUGAAGCAUUGCAGCAUCCUUUCUUUGACUUAUUAAAAAAGAAAUAAAAUGGAAAUCAGUGGUCUUACUAUAAUAUACUUCUCUAGAAGGGAUUACUUAAGACUGUGUCAGUCAACUAAAUAUUCUAAUAUUUUUGUAAACAUUAAAUUAUUUUGUACAGUUAAGUGUAAAUACUGUAUGUUUUGUAUCUAUAGCAUGGUCUUGAUAAUGAAAUAUAAAAGUUAAAAUUAAUUUUUCUUUUUGAGAUUAAUUGCCGUUUUUAAAGAUCUUUGGCAUAUCCUUUGUGUCCAGUGAUAAAUGUGAUUGAUCUUGUCUUUUGUACAUAGAGAUCAACUUUGAAAUGAUUUUCUUUUUUUUGAGUAAAAGGAAAUCUUGACUACUUUA